UUUAAAAAAUAAAGUAGCAAAUUAAUUUAAAGAACACUUUAAAAUUUAAAGGGAACUUUGCAACAUUGGUUUCGAACGUUUUUAAAUUAAAGUUCCUUGGUAGAUUUGGUAGUACUUAAAGUGGACUAGUUCUUGUGAAAUUCAUCGGAAUCCGUCUGGAUUAAAUCAUGUAUUGAAGACCGUUUUCACAAGUUACCGGUACCUGUCGAGAUUUUAUGAAGUUUAAAAUACCAAGGGGUGGGAAACAUAACAAGGAAGAUGCUAAUGAAACAACAAGUUCUGUAGGCCAAGCGCGCUUCGUGAUGGUGGAAGAAGGAACAUCUGGUAUCUGUUGAACGGCAAUGUUCGGAAUUUCACCGAGUUCUACCUGAGAAGGUAAAAGACAAGCCAUCAAGAUCGGAUCUAGAAAGCUGAAGGAAGUUUUAUAUCGAAGAAAGGGAUGGAACUUUGGUUGUUCUAUAUUGUAGCUGUAGCGGGAUUUUUUACAUGCGUUCCCGCUGACAAGAUUUACGACGAUCAGGUGAAGAAUCAGUGGUUCAAAGAUGGAAAUAAUUUAAUCAAGAAGAAUUUAGGCGUUAAACCAAACACAAACCCAGCGAAGAAUGUAAUUUUUUUCUUAGGUGACGGCAUGGGAAUCAGUACGACGACUGCGGCGAGAAUAUUUGAUGGUCAGAGUCGAGGAAUAUCUGGUGAAGAGAAUGUUUUGAGUUGGGAAGAAUUUCCUUAUACAGCAAUAUCAAAAACCUAUAACGUCGAUGCUCAGAUUCCUGAUUCAGCCGGGACUGCAACAGCUUUUGCUUGUGGUGUAAAAACAGAUGAAGGUAUUCUGGGUCUUAACGAAAAAGCGGUAUUCGAGGACUGCGCCAGCGCUGCUGGAAACGAGGUCUUGUCAAUCUUAACCUAUGCGGAAAAGGCAGGGAUGAGUACUGGUUUAAUCACGGACACACGCGUGACGCAUGCGACACCCGCAGCCUUCUACAGUCACUCGGCGUCGCGAAAUUGGGAGAAUGAUCAAGCGGCACAGGGGGACUGUGUCGAUAUAAGCACACAAUUGAUAAACUAUCCCUACGGCGAUGGUAUCGACGUCGUUCUCGGAGGUGGUUGGAGAAGCUUCUACAGCUGCGGAACAGUAGCACCCGAUGGUCAACUGUUGAACGAUUCAAAAUGCCGCCGGGAUGGAAAAGAUUUAACAAAGGAAUGGGUGAAGAAAUAUAACAACUCUGCAUACGUGACUAAUAGAACCCAACUAAAUAAUGUUGAUGCAAGCAAAGUCGAUCAUUUGCUUGGACUGUUUUCAUCAAGUGGCAUGACUUACGACAUUCUUCGUAAGAAGAAGAAAAAAACGUUUGAACCAACGAUGAUAGAGAUGGUUGAAAAAGCUUUAGAAAUUUUAAAGAAGAACCCGAAAGGCUUCUUUCUUCUUGUCGAAGGUGGGGAAAUCGACUGGGCACAUCAUGAGGGAGCGGCCAAGAUAUCCCUUUCCGAGGCCUCUGCUUUUGCCGAAACUGUGAAGAGAGCGAGGGAAGUAACCAAUGAAAAUGAAACUCUGGUGAUCGUAACGGCCGACCAUUCCCAUUCAUUUGUCCUUUAUGGGAAGAAAGUGAAACGUGGCAACCCCAUCCUGGGUUUUCAGGAUACAAAAUUCCCGGAUGGCAAACCUGGUCUGACUCUCUCCUAUGCUAACGGUCCUGGGGGACUGAAGUUUGAGAAUCAGUCCCGAGCGAAUCUUACCGGAGUCGAUUAUACCGCAGACGAUUUCCUCCAGCAGGCGUUGAUUUAUUUCCGUAGCGAGGACCAUGCAGGCGAAGACGUUGGAAUCUAUGCAACAGGACCUUCUGCUCAUCUCUUCCAUGGCGUGGUGGAACAGAACUACAUCUUCCAUGUUAUGGAUCAUGCCCUCUGUCUCACCGAAAGCAAACAACAGAACUGUACAAAGCCCUACGCCCGUGGCGGCCCCGCUCCCACUACAGCUCCCCCACCUACCAAAGCCAACUCUGAAAGGCUUUCAUUCAGGGGCCAGGCAUACUUCGUAUUUGCUGCAAUGCUAAUUUCUCAUGCUAUUUACUAUUAAUUCUAUCACAAGUUACAGUUUUCAAGAAUACAGUAUAUUACCUUUCCACUUAGAUUGCCUGAUUAGAUUCACUUAGUGUCUAAUAUAACUGCCCACUGAUUUACUUGUAUUUAUAGGAAUUAGUCUUGUUAAGCACAGUGAAUGAACGUUAAUAGUUUUUCACGUU